CGGCAUAAACUCCAGGCUCUGCUCUCUCUCUAUCUCUCACUCUCGCGCUCUCUCUCACACACUCUCUCUUAUAUGCCCACCCAACGAAACGUCACGGCACGUUCCACAGCUCCGUUACCAUAUCAUCGCCAUGCCAUGCUUAUGAGGCAGCGCAAUCACUUCGGCUCACCCCGACAAGCUAAUUCGAAGCUUUACAUGCCCCUGCAGCGACCAUGGAGUUCGUCACCGCCCUCCGGGGCACUUUCGACGACCAGAAGCCUUCACUCUUCGAGAUCCUUUCCGAGCAGCAACUGAACACGCUACUGCCUCCCACUCUGCGAUACCUCUUGACCGUUUUGACGCAGAGAUAUCCGCGCUAUCUGCUGCGCGCGCUCAACUCCUUCGAUGAACUCUACGCACUCGCCAUGCUCCUCGUGGAGCGCCAUUACCUGCGCACUCGCGGCGGCUCAUUCACUGAGAAUUUCUACGGGCUCAAGCGCGAAAAGGCCCUCGCCGCCGAGAUCCCGCGCGCCUCCACAGCCGCCUCCGGCAUCGUCAGGGACACCCUGAAGCUGGCUAACGCGGAUAUCUGGAAGAACCUGGCCGUGAUAAUCGGCAUUCCCUACCUGAAGCGGAGGCUGGACGAGUCGCACGAGAUCGAGGCGCCGAGAGCCUUGCUGGGCGCAAACUACACGCGUAUGCCUGCGAACCCGACAGUCAAGCAAAGAAUACUCUAUUACUACAAGUGGUUUAUAAGAAACGUGUACCCGAGUGUGCAUGCGGGAUACUGCUUCGCAGUCCUGGCCUUCAACCUGGCUUAUUUGUUUGACGGGUCGAAAUACCACAGUCCGCUGAUGUGGCUGAUCGGCACAAGAGUGCGGCGGAUGAAUGGCGCAGACUACAAAGCCCUGGAAGAGCUGGACAAACCAAGGCCCGGGCAGUUGCCGGCGGCUGGUUUGAGCAUGUUCCAUCCCAGGACUCUAGGGCCGAGAAUAUUGGGCAGCUUGAGCAUGGUGCUGCCCAUGAGCAUCUUUGCGCUCAAGUUUCUGGAGUGGUGGUAUGCGAGCGAUUUUGCAAAGCAACUAACCCGAAAGGCGGCAGAAAAUCUAGAGUUGCCGCCUCCAGUAGUCAGUGGACUGCCAGCAUCAGGCUCAAGGUCGCCAAAGAAAGCCGCGGACGCCGAUGACAAGCCGAAGGUUGACAAUGAUGCAAGGGAGGGUGACGUAGAUAGCGCGCCGAUUGCUACACCUUCGCUGCUUCCGAUAUAUACAGUCCUACCCCCCAAGGAGUCAGAUUUAUGCCCGAUAUGUGACAACGAGAUUCAAACAGCCACAGCAUGCCAGACCGGUGUCGUGUAUUGCUAUUCAUGUAUACAUAGAUGGGUAGAGGGGUCCCAUCCAAGACAAGAAUCUUUCAUGGAGGACAGGACAGGAAAAUGGGAAAGCGGCGAGGGAAGGUGCGCCGUCACGGGACGGCGCAUACUAGGCGGUACAGAAGGUCUAAGAAGGAUCAUGGUGUAAAAACCGUCUACAGUGUAUGUCAUAUGAAGAGUAUUGCUUAGCAUGGCGUCUGGUGAAAUUAAGUAUUACUUUGGAUACAUGUUCAUGUCGGGCACCAAUUUUAUUUAACCAUAUACGUUCUCGUCAA